CUGAAGGCGCGUGGAGUCCCACCCACUUUCUGUGACGUCCUGCGUCCCAGCUGCUGAUUGCCCGCCUGAGACGUCAAUCGCGGGGCGUGCGUCUCGCUGGGACACAGUGGAGGUCUAGCCCGAGGUUUGCGGAGCGGUCGGGUGCAUUCUCCGCUCGCCCCCGCGCCCUCGAGGCCCCCGCCGCCCGGCCCAACGGCGGAGCCAGCCGGUGGCUCCCGCGGCGCCCUCCCGCACCGGAUCGCUGCCCGCUGGGGCGGGACCUGGCCCGACGGCUGCGGCCACUAUGCCCUCCAGAGCAGAGCCCUGCCUCUGGGCCAGGAAGCUUAUCUCUGGGUUGGAAUGGAUCCAGGCUCCAGCUGGGCUGCAAUAUGGACUUUGGCCGAGUGAAACAUCUUUCAACCUAAUAUCAGAAAAAUGUGACAUUCUAUCAAUUCUUCGGGAUCAUCCUGAAAACAGGAUAUACCAGAGGAAAAUCCAGGAACUCAGCAAAAGGUUCACCGGGAUCCGCAAGACCAAGGGGGAUGGGAACUGCUUCUACCGGGCCUUGGGCUAUUCCUACCUGGAAUCCCUGCUGGGGAAAAGCAGAGAGGUCCUCAAGUUCAAAGAACGUGUCCUGCAGACCCCAAAUGACCUCCUGGCUGCUGGUUUUGAGGAGCACAAGUUCCGAAACUUCUUUAAUGCUUUUUACAGUGUGGUAGAGCUGGUAGAGAAGGAUGGCUCAGUGUCCAGCCUGCUGAAGGUGUUCAAUGACCAGAGCUCCUCGGACCAAAUCGUGCAGUUUUUGCGCCUGCUCACCUCAGCCUUCAUCAAGAACCGCGCAGACUUCUUUCGACACUUCAUUGAUGAGGAGAUGGACAUCAAAGACUUCUGUACUCAUGAAGUGGAGCCCAUGGCCAUGGAGUGUGACCACAUCCAGAUCACAGCCCUGUCUCAGGCACUGAACAUCGCCCUGCAGGUGGAGUAUGUGGAUGAGAUGGACACGGCGCUGAACCACCACGUGUUCCCCGAGGCUGCCACCCCUUCCGUUUACCUGCUCUAUAAAACAUCCCACUACAACAUCCUUUAUGCAGCCGAUAAACGUUGAUUAAUUUUAGGCCAUGCAGUGGAGCCUGUCACCUAACGGGACUGCAUUCUAAAUGGAACAUUCCGGCUUUUCAAUUUUUUAAGCAACUUAAACUAUAGUUAGAAAAUGUACAGCCUUUUGGGCAGAGUCACUGGGAAUGAGGCCUACCCAUUAUGGACUGUGGUAAUUUGAGGAUCAAAUGCUUUCUAACUCAGGGCUACAAAGCCAGAACCCCUGGCUCUGCCCCCAGUUCCCUGAGGCCCUGGGCAAGUCACCUCCCCUCUCUGGGCCUGUUUCUUCAUCUGGAAAAGGUAUUUGCCAGCACUGUAUAUUGUUCUACUGUAUAAAAAUAGGCCCUCUGGUUUCCUUUCACCAGGGGCAGAACCUCUGUGGGGGAAGAAAAGCUCAAGGUCA